AUGGUACUCGAAGCACUUGGGUUGAAGUACGAAAUGAAGCACAUUGACAUCUCGAAAAACACGCAGAAGGAGGAAUGGUUUCUGAAGAUCAACCCAAAUGGACGUAUCCCCGCUAUCAUCGACCGUACCGAAACAGUAGAUGGGAAGAGUCGUGAGAAGCGGGUAUUUGAGGGGAUGGCGAUCAUGUUGUAUUUAUGUCAGAAGUAUGACCGAGACUAUGUGAUCUCGUAUGCUUUUGAUUCUGAUAAAUACUGGGAAAUUGUCGAAUGGAUGACUUGGUUGCAGAGUGGAAUAGGUCCCAUGCAGGGACAAGCAAACCACUUCUUCAGAUACGCAACCGAAAAGAUCGACUACGCCAUCAACCGCUACCAAACCGAAACCAAACGCCUCUACAGCGUCCUCGAAACCCGCCUCGCCCAACAGAAAUCAGCAAACUAUACUGCGGCUGGCACACAAGCCUCCACAGCAGGCGGUGACAAGAAGAAAGCCGAAGGAGGAGGGCCCUGGAUCGUGGGCGAUAAAUUGACCAUCGCGGAUAUUGCAUGUUUCUCGUGGAUAAACUGGGCGGAAUGGGCGGGUAUCGGCUUGGAUCAGUUUCCUGAAGUGAAAAACUGGGCCGACAGGAUCAACCAACGACCUGCUAUAAAGAGGGAAUUGGACGUGCCUGAGCCUUUCAAGAUGAAGGAGAAGAUGAAGACCAAGGAGGGGGAGAAGGAGUACGAGGAACAUAAUAGUAAGUGGGUUAUGGAUGCGCAGAUGAAAGAGCAGGAGAAGCAGAAGAUGUGA